CCCCGCCCGGAGCAGGCGCCGCGCCUCGGCCGGACCGCGGAGGCUCGGGGUCGGGUCGGGGCCGCGCCCGGGCGGCGGCAGGAUGCCCCUGUUCGCGGCCAACCCCUUCGAGCAGGACGUGGAAAAAGCUACAAAUGAGUACAACACUACAGAAGAUUGGAGUCUUAUUAUGGACAUAUGUGACAAAGUUGGAAGCACUCCUAAUGGAGCAAAAGAUUGCCUAAAAGCCAUAAUGAAAAGGGUAAAUCAUAAGGUUCCUCAUGUUGCUCUACAAGCAUUAACUCUUCUUGGGGCUUGUGUGGCAAACUGUGGAAAGAUAUUUCAUUUAGAAGUAUGUUCCCGUGAUUUUGCAACAGAAGUACGUGCUGUGAUAAAAAAUAAGGCUCAUCCUAAAGUAUGUGAAAAAUUGAAAUCUUUAAUGGUGGAGUGGUCAGAAGAGUUUCAGAAGGAUCCUCAGUUUAGUCUAAUAUCUGCAACUAUUAAAUCUAUGAAAGAAGAAGGGAUUACUUUUCCUCCAGCAGGUUCUCAGACUGUCUCAGCUGCUGCCAAGAAUGGUACAUCAUCGAACAAAAACAAAGAAGAUGAGGACAUAGCUAAAGCUAUUGAAUUAUCAUUGCAAGAGCAGAAGCAGCAGCAUGCAGAAACAAAAUCCUUAUAUCCAUCUGCAGAAAUUCAGUUAAAUAAUAAAGUUGCAAGGAAAGUAAGAGCCUUGUAUGAUUUUGAAGCCGUUGAGGACAAUGAACUCACCUUUAAACACGGUGAAAUUAUUAUUGUCUUGGAUGACAGUGAUGCCAAUUGGUGGAAAGGAGAAAAUCACAGAGGAAUAGGACUCUUCCCAUCUAAUUUUGUAACAACUAAUUUAAACAUAGAGCCUGAGGCAGCAGCUGUGGACAAGUUAGAUGUAACUGAGGAGGAGGAGGAGGAAAUUAAGAAAUCAGAGCCUGAGCCUGUGUAUAUAGAUGAGGAUAAGAUGGAUAGAGCCCUGCAGGUACUCCAGAGUAUAGAUCCAACAGAUGCGAAACCAGACUCCCAAGAUCUCUUGGAUUUAGAAGAUAUCUGCCAACAAAUGGGUCCAAUGAUAGAUGAAAAGCUUGAAGAGAUUGAUAGGAAGCAUUCAGAAUUGUCUGAAUUGAAUGUAAAAGUCUUAGAAGCCCUGGAACUAUAUAACAGAUUGGUGAAUGAAGCACCAGUAUAUCCAGUCUAUACAAAGCUCCAUCCUCCAGCACAUUACCCACCGUCAUCAGCUGGGGUUCCAAUACAGACAUACCCAGUUCCUUCACAUGGUGGAAACUAUAUGGGUCAAGGCAUUCACCAAGUCACUGUUGCCCAAAGCUACAGCCUCGGACCAGAUCAGAUUGGUCCACUGAGAUCUCUGCCUCCAAAUGUCAAUUCUUCCGUGACAACACAGCCUGCACAGACGCCGUAUUUAAGCACUGGACAAGACACUGUUUCCAACCCUGCUUAUAUGAACCAGAACUCUAACCUUCCAUCAGCUACUGGUGCAGCCGCUUACACGCAGCAGAUGGGGAUGUCUGUGGAUAUGUCAUCUUAUCAGAACGCUACUUCCAAUUUGCCGCAACUGGCUGGCUUUCCAGUGGCGGUUCCAGCUCAUUCAGUUGCACAGCCUCAGGCAAAUUACCAUCAGCAGCCUCUUCUUUAGAACAAACCCAAGCAUUUUCUUGCAAGCCUUCAUAUGUGUAUUACUUGACCUUUGUGAUUCUAAUCUGAAAAUAUUAAAAGAAAAAAAUUUUUUUCUCAACUCAAAAGAAUGGUGACUAAAUAAAGCACAAAAACUUCUCUAACUCUGCUAGGCCAUUAAAGGAUUUUUUUCAAUCCAAUUUGUUUGAAUUCCAACUUUUUUUUUUUUUUAAGAUUUUAUUUAUUUAUUCAUGAGAGAGACCGAGAGAGAGAGGCAGAGACACAGGCAGAGGAAGAACCAAGCUCCAUGCACGGAGCCCGACGCGGGACUCGAUCCCGGGUCUCCAGGAUCACACUCUUGGCUGAAAGCGGCGCUAAACUGCUGAGCCACCCCGGCUGCCUGAAUUCCCACUUUUGAUCAGAGGCAGCUUCAGGUAGCUUCCAGUUAGUUUGUCUUAUUUUCAAAUCUUUCUACACAAAUCUGGACACCCAGUAACUAGCCUUAUGACACUUAAAGAACAUGGGAAAGGACUAUGGAAAUUCUACUUUUAAAGAAACCAUCGUUUAUCCCUAAAACCUGAUCAUUGGGAGAGCAACAAAACCUUUGAAUAUUUUUUGUCUGCAUAUUUUUUUCAGUGUUCCCCAGAAACCGUUAUUUCAAAAGACGAACUUCCUUUUCGGUGAGCAUUUAGCUUGCCAACGUAUUUCCCUUUGGCUCCUUAAAUUGCAAUUGUGCUUGCAGUACUGUCAGUUUUGCUCCCUGUUAUGUUGAGUAGUAAUUAGCAUAUAAUUGUCUAUAGAAGCAAGAGCAAUUUGGAAGGAACAAAAAUGUUUUCUGUUAUUAACCGUGAAGACCUUAUAAAUGCAGAUGUGUGGUAAGCAUUUAGCUCGUCCCUGUCAAGGCAGCUGUGAGCUGAGGAAUGCCCCGCAACGCAUUUCUAUUCCCUGGAGACCAGCAUUUUUCUUACAAGACUUCCCUUGUAUUUAGAAUUGCCAUAAUGACCUCCUAAAGUGACUUUGGCCAUUCUCUAAGGAAGAUAAGGCCCGCUUGUUUUCCUUCCUGAAAUGCGGUGUGCAGAGAUGCUGCGUUUUCUCUUUACGGAUUACUUGUGAAUUUGAGCCAUGAGACAGUCCUAGGAAUUUGAGGUGAUAAAUCCUAAGCAUGAAUAAUAAGUGUGUUUUUAUAGAAGUGUGUUUCGUUAAAGAGGUGAUUCAAGUACCAUCGCUAUUGCCAGGCUGUUGAAAAAUUUGGCCAUUCCUCUCAGAGAGGAUUGUAAGCCUGUGGGACACCAGCAGGCAGUGGAUUGAUAGGGAAGCUCAAGACGGUUUUUCUGAAGCCUACAUUGUAUGAAUUAGCUUACAGUGCUGAUAGACUCCACAUACUAUUGGAAUCAGUAAACCAGUAGGGUUAUAAUUUCCUCCUAAAAAUCCAUACACUGCUGUAUCAUCUACCAACUUUUUAGAUAACACAAAAUAGGAGGUGGUGAAAACAUAUGCUUAGAGAUAGACGGUACUUAGACGGGGAAAAACAAAGGACAUAAAUUGUUUUUCAAAGAAAGCCCUUAAUCUUCCUGCUAAGAAUCUAUUUGAAGGAAGUGUUCUGAAAAUUUUUGUCAUUUAUCUAUUUGCAGAAAUUUAAUUACAAGUAUGUUCUUUUUUUUUUCAAAGAAACUGUGUCCUAAAAUAAAACGGUCUAUAUAUUACUUGGUCUACAUUUAAAGGAAGAAACGGAGCAGUAUUUGAAAGCCCAAUUUCUGUCAUUGUCUUAUUUCAGAUAUAAGUAACUUUUAAGAGAAGGUUUUAACCUUGAAUGUCUCCUGCUCUUUUUUUCAUCCAGUAUUUUCCUUCCAUGUGAAUUCACUUCUAUACUUUUUUAAAAAUUCUCAAAUGGUACCUUAUUUUUUUGGAAAUGAAUCUUCUAUUCUUUAAAGAAAAAACAUAAAAAGCAUUUAUAAAGCUGCUCUUGAUAACCGUUAAUGUUUGCAUAUAUAUCGAAAAUCUUACAUUUUUUUUCCUCCCACACAGUAUUUAAUAAGGUUAUUUUAAUGUUUGUGUAAAUAUUUCAUGUAUAAUUGUGAUCUGAAUUGUAAGAGCUUGAUUCUGCGUAAGUCUUUGAACUCGUCUAAAUACUGCACACCCACUCAAUUGGGAUCAGCCAAUUAAGUUCACCAAAUGUAGUUUUGGAAUAAUAUAACAUGCGACAUGUAUAUAAAUAGUGUAUAUUGGCAUUUAUCUGUGAAAUUUUAUACAUCCAGAAGUGUCUUCUCCCUCUUAAAUUAAAAACAAUUUUAUUUUGGCCACACUGUAAUGGGUUUUGUGUUGCAGGUUGUUGAUAGUAUAAAAAUGUUAUUACAUCUGUGUACUAGGAUGAUAUUUUUGGUUUAAUAGGAAAUAACAGGGUUGUUAUUUUUCUUUCUUUUCCAUGUUCUUAUGGGUUGUAUUUAUUUUAAGACCUCUUUAUAAUUAAACGUUUUCUUCCAAAGGAA